AUGUCAGGCGUCAGGGUUUCCGCUGCAACACUUUCCAUGCCCAAUGACGUCGGUGCUGCUAUUCUUGAGUCUCCCAAGCCACAGUCCCUGACGCGCGUGGCUGACAGGCCCGUCAAAGUUUUCAGUGGCGAUAAGAAGAGCCGCUUUGGGCGCUCCAAAGCAGUCGCCGACGUGGGCGACGGCCGGCAAUCAGGCAAGCCGCAGGUCAAGAAGGCCACCUUUGAAAGUAGCAAGAAGAAGGAGAUCGGCGUUUCAGACCUCACGCUGCUCAGCAAAAUCUCCAACGAAGCUAUUAACGAUAACCUGAAACUCCGAUUCGAGCACGACGAGAUUUAUACCUAUAUUGGACAUGUGCUGGUCUCUGUCAAUCCGUUCCGGGACUUGGGCAUCUAUACCGAUAAGGUACUCGACUCCUACCGUGGCAAGAAUCGCCUCGAAGUCCCUCCUCAUGUAUUCGGAGUCGCGGAGUCCUCAUACUACAACAUGAAGUCCUACAAGGACAACCAGUGUGUGAUCAUUUCCGGAGAGUCGGGUGCCGGAAAGACAGAAGCCGCCAAGCGGAUUAUGCAAUACAUUGCCAGUGUUUCCGGUGGAAGCGAUUCGUCAAUUCAACAGACCAAGGACAUGGUCCUGGCUACGAACCCUCUGCUAGAGUCAUUCGGUAAUGCGAAGACCUUGCGCAACAACAAUUCUUCGCGAUUCGGAAAGUAUCUCGAGCUCGAGUUCAACGCCAAUGGGGAGCCCGUAGGUGCCAACAUCACAAACUACCUACUCGAGAAGUCCCGAGUCGUCGGCCAGAUCGCGAACGAGCGAAACUUCCACAUCUUCUACCAGUUCACUAAGGGCGCGCCGCAGAAGUACCGCGACAACUUCGGUGUGCAGCAACCGCAAACCUACCUCUACACGAGCCGUUCAAAGUGUUACGAUGUUCCCGGGAUUGACGAUGUUGCGGAAUUCAAGGAUACUCUAGAUGCUAUGAGCAUGAUUGGCAUGAGCGAGGCGGAGCAGGAUAACGUCUUUCGCAUGCUAGCAGCCAUCUUGUGGAUCGGUAACAUCCAGUUUACAGAAGAUGAUUCCAGCAAUGCGUCGAUCACAGAUCAGUCGGUGGUUGAUUUCGUGGCUUACCUGCUGGAGGUUGAAGCCUCCCAGGUAAACAAGGCUUUGACAAUUCGGCUGAUGGAGACCGCACGUGGAGGGCGCAGAGGUUCCGUCUAUGAGGUCCCGUUGAACACCGUACAGGCUGUUGCGGUUCGGGAUGCUCUAGCCAAGGCCAUUUACUUCAACCUGUUUGACUGGAUCGUGGAGCGCGUCAACCAGUCUCUCACUGCUCGGGGGUCCGUCACCAACUCAAUUGGUAUUCUGGAUAUCUACGGUUUCGAGAUCUUCGAGAAGAACUCGUUCGAGCAGCUUUGCAUUAACUACGUGAAUGAGAAGCUGCAACAGAUUUUUAUCCAGUUGACUCUCAAGGCAGAACAGGAUGAAUACGCACGCGAGCAGAUCAAGUGGACUCCGAUCAAGUACUUUGAUAACAAGGUCGUUUGCUCGCUGAUCGAGGACAAGCGGCCUCCAGGUGUAUUCGCUGCGUUGAAUGAUGCUUGUGCCACCGCCCACGCUGACUCCGGUGCUGCCGACAACACCUUUGUUGGCAGACUGAACUUCCUCGCUCAGAACCCCAACUUUGAAGCUCGCCAGGGUCAGUUCAUUAUCAAACACUAUGCUGGUGAUGUGAGCUACGCUGUCGAGGGAAUGACCGACAAGAACAAGGAUCAGUUGCUGAAGGACCUGCUCAACUUGGCUGGAUCCAGCAGCAAUCAAUUCGUCCAUACCCUCUUCCCCAACCAGGUCAACCAGGAUGAUAAGCGCCGCCCGCCCACCGCUGGUGACAAGAUUAAGGCUUCCGCUAAUGAUCUUGUUGCAACUCUGAUGAAAGCGCAGCCCUCGUAUAUCCGUACCAUCAAGCCUAACGACAACAAGGCUCCUAGGGAGUACAACGAGGGUAACGUGUUGCACCAGAUCAAGUAUCUUGGACUGCAAGAGAACGUGCGAAUCCGUCGUGCCGGAUUCGCCUACCGUCAGACGUUCGACAAAUUCGUCGAGCGAUUCUAUCUUCUGUCGCCCAAGACCUCCUAUGCUGGUGACUACACGUGGACCGGCGACUCUGAGUCCGGUGCCAAACAAAUCCUGAAGGAUACCAGUAUCCCUGCGGAAGAGUACCAGAUGGGUAUCUCUAAGGUCUUUGUCAAAACCCCCGAGACCCUCUUCGCACUUGAGGCUAUGCGAGAUCGUUACUGGCACAACAUGGCCAUCCGAAUCCAGCGUGCCUGGCGCAAUUAUCUCCGUUACCGUAUCGAGUGUGCUAUCCGCAUUCAACGGUUCUGGCGUCGCAUGACUGGCGGGCUGGAGCUCAUCAAGGUGCGUGACCAGGGACACCAGAUUCUUCAAGGACGCAAGGAGCGUCGGAGAAUGAGUCUGCUCGGCUCGCGCCGCUUCUUGGGUGACUACCUGGGCGUGGGCCACAAAGGUGGCCCUGGCGAGAUGAUUCGGAGUGGUGCCAAUAUCAGCAGCGCUGAAGAUGUGCUUUUCUCGUGCCGUGGUGAGGUACUGAUCUCCAAGUUUGGUCGAUCCAGCAAGCCUGCUCCUCGGAUCCUUGUGUUGACCAACCGAAAUGUGUACAUUGUGGCCCAGAGUAUCGUCAACAAUCAGCUGGUCAUUUCAUCGGAGCGCACAAUCCCGCUCGGUGCUAUCAAGACCGUCAGCACUUCGAACCUGAAGGAUGACUGGUUUUCGUUGGUUGUAGGCGCCCAGGAACCCGACCCUCUCCUCGCCUGCGUUUUCAAGACUGAAUUCUACACCCAUCUUUCCAAUGCUUUGCGUGGCUCUUUGAACCUGAAGGUCGGCGAAAGCAUUGAAUAUCACAAGAAGCCCGGCAAGCUGGCGUACGUUAAGGCUGUCAAAGACCCGGCAGCAGGCGCCAUCGACAGCUACAAGAGUAGCGCCAUUCACACCAGUGCUGGUGAACCCCCCAGCUCUGUGUCGAAACCCACACCUCGAGCCAAGCAGGUUGCUGCACGGCCUGUCACUAAGGGCAAACUGCUUCGGCCCGGUGGCCCUGGUGGUGGUCCCUCGAAGCUGACUACUGUUACUCGGAGACCCGCUCCCGCUGCCCAGCCUCUGCCUCAGUCGACUCCCCAGCCCGCUGCCCAGCCUCGCAUCGUCCCUCGGCCCGUGGCUGCGGCUACAGUGGCGGCUGCCGCACACACUCGCAACGAGUCGACGAGCUCCGUCAGAGCUCCUCCUCCUCCUCCACCAUCCGCACCUCCUGCUGCCUCUGCUGCGCCCAAGAAGCCCACCGCCAAGGUCUUGUAUGACUUUAGCAGCGACCGCGCAAACGAGCUGACUAUCCGUACUGGUGAGAUUGUGCAGAUUGUUUCAAAGGAAGGAAAUGGAUGGUGGCUCUGCAUGAACAUGACAAACUCCACCCAAGGUUGGGCUCCGGAAGCCUACCUUGAAGAGCAAGUCGCGGCCACACCCAAACCCGCACCUCCCCCACCUCCUGCCGCGCCUCGCGCUACACCCAGCCCCGUUCCUAACGGUGUCGGCGCCGUUGCUGCGGCCAAGUCAAAGCCGGCCCCGCCGGCUCCUCCUGCCAAGCGUCCGAACAUGGCUGGUCGCAAGCCUGCUCCCCCACCCGCACCCCGGGAUAGUACCUUGAGCAUGAACUCGGGCGACUCGUCUGGCGCCAGUGGCCGUGGCACGCCGAACAGCGCCUCGAAUGCCAGUCUGGCCGGUGGCCUGGCUGAGGCGCUGCGGGCACGCCAGAGCGCGAUGCAGGGGAAGCACGAUGACGACGAUGAGUGGUAG